CGUUCCUCACCCGCCAGCUUUUGCCUGAGCUUACAAGUAUCUGAGAUGAAGAAUCCGGAGGAAGCGGCGGACGGGAAACAGCGUAUUCACCUGCGCCCUGGCUCCCUGCGUGGCGCCGCACCGGCCGAGCUGCACCUCCUGCCCUGUGACAUUCUGGUCAGCCGGCCCGCCCCAGUAGAACGCUUCUUCACGCCCGCCGUCCGCCGCGAUGCUGACGGGCUGCAGGUGUCGUUUCGCGGUCGCGGCCUGCGGGGCGAGGAGGUAGCUGUGCCGCCAGGGUUUGCGGGAUUCGUGAUGGCGACAGAGGAGAUGGGAGAGGGACUGAUAGGGAAGCUAAACUUCUCAGCGGACGUGGAGGAAAAAACGGACGAGGCACAGGAGCCACUAGAGAGGGAUUUGGACCGCUUUAUCGGAGCCACCGGCAGCUUCAGCCACUUCACCUUGUGGGGUCUGGAAACGGUCCCUGGUCCAGAUGCCAAAGUGCGUAGGGCCCUAGGUUGGCCCAGCCUUGCUGCAGCGAUUCACGCACAGGUGCCCGAGGACUGAGAACCAGAGAAUGAAAAUGAAAGUCACAGAACCCUUCACACCACUUUGGAGCCACUGUUUCUAUCCCAAUAAAUGAGAUCUUCACAGUGCCUAUGAGUCUGUGGGCACCUUAGGACCCUGAAGCUGGCAUUUCAUGGCACCCAGUCUGGCAAGAACUCCUGAUAGCUCUGCCUAUAUAAACAAUUUAUUUCUGGGGGCAAGAGGGGCCAGAACUUUGCAGCCAGCACCCACCCCACCCUCCAGCUCCUCCUUUAUAAAAGAAAUUUUUACAAUCAGCAGUCCUGUACAGAAUGCUCCCCACCCAUCUCAAUGUACACAGCUGCCUGGAUCCCUCUGGUCCGCGUUCAGAGUGGACCUGGGCCAAUAAACCAGCUAUCCUUGGA